GUCAGUUGAGCACAAGCAAUGGCAACGGAAGAAGCCGUCGUCCGCGCGCGGAUUGCUGCAUUAAAGACCCUUCUUGAUUCUCAAGACCGGCAGACUGCUCCACGGGUACCACAAAGGCACACGAGCCUCGCCCACGCACCCCACCAACAACGUCACGCACGCCACACUUUCCAUGCCCCACCGCGGCACCGAUCUCUCAACACUCCUGCCUUCCGACCUCCACGUAAACCCCGCAACCUCACGUGGAAGCCCUCUGAAUCCGCUUCUCCUUCUUCCUUGAACCAGUCAAUGACAUCGUCUACAGUUGCUCUCACUGUCCCCGUGCCUUCUGCUCCAGCUACAUCUAUCUCGCAGAAACGACCAUUGUCCACAACAACCCUCUCUCUUGACGAUGGUACAUAUCGAAAAAUGGGACGUGGCUUCAAGCUGCGCCGGGAAGAUGCACCCCCCAAGUCUGCCAUCGAAGUGAGUGCAGCCAUUGCGACGACGAGGCAACUGCAGACCCAACCUUCUGCGGCAGCGCCCCCACCUCUUCCUGUACAUACGCCUUCGAGUCUCCCGACACAACCGCCGCCGCGCUCUCUCCAGCAUCCCCGUCCUCUCGUCCCGCCCCCGCGUACCGAACUUUGCCUCUUUUACAUCAAACAUGGCGAAUGCAAACACAAGCACGAUUGCUUGUUCGUUCACGACAGCCGCACCAAGUCCAUCUGCCGGCCCUUCCUUCGCGACGCAUGCCCACAUGAUGCCUCCACGUGCAAAUUAUCGCAUUGUCCCGACCAGCACAAGAUGCCCGACUGCGCCAUGUUCCUCAAGGGCCUCUGCUCUCGCGAAGGCUGUCACUAUCGCCAUGUGAAUGUAAGUCGCGAUGCUGCUCUAUGCGAUGCCUUUUCUCUGCGUGGGUACUGCGCUGACGGCCCAGCUUGCCGGCGAAAGCACGAGUUUACGAAAGGCGUCGCUGGUGGGCGCAAGCUCAGCGGUCCACCGCCACCGACCGCGCUGGUCCACAACGAAGACGUUGCCGCAAACGACGCAGCGCGAGAGCCUUCCUCGCUAAGCCUUCGGCCCACGAUACGUUUUACCCCGAAAGUGAUUUAAAUUAAAUGAGAUUACCAUCAACUUGAUGCCGACGGAGCGCGCUACGGGGUUUUUGUGGUCGUGGUGGCUGCUUUUUGGCGCGACUGCAACCGCUUCAUUUGGGCUUCCACGGCCACCUUUGCGCGCUUGGCGUCUACACCGCGGCCGCACGUGUUGAUGAUCGUGGGUUGCGAAGAGGAAGGCGAAGCUGACGUCGGCACGUCGGGCUCACGCUUGCGCUUGCCCUUGGGUGGCGGUGUGAGCAGAUCGACCUUGCGUGUCGAACUUUUCUCAGCAGACGGUGGGGGCGCCGGCAAAAGAUUCAGAGGCGCUGCAUCGGCAUGUUUGCGGGCGAGUUUCUCGCGAAUGCGAAUGACUUGAGCAGUUUCAGGGAGGGGUUCAAAUGUCCGACGCACGAUCGUUGGUUUGGUGGGAGUCAACAAGCCAGCAGCUUGAAUGGCCUCUUUCUUCGGAUCGUUCUCCUUCCCCUCCUCUUCGCCAGUCUCUUCAUUGUCCUUCUUCUUCUCAGGAGGGAGGGCCGCUGCGGCAGCCUCGGCAGCUUGCACCAGCGCCCGACGGCGUCCUUGAUACACCAUCCUUGUAUU